CGUAAACGACGUCAAACAUGGCCGCCCCCGACGCGUUAACAGCUUUAACUUCACGUUGAGAGCUUAUUGUCUGUCAUUUACGAUGACCACUUCUAAUGACAGUGUAGAGGAAAUGGCAUGUGAAAAGGAAGAAGUGGGAAAAGAUUCACGUAGUGGAGACAUAGAAGGAGACAACAAAGAACAAAAGAAGGAAGAUGUAAGGGAAGGAGGAGGUGAAAUAGAAGAUGGCAAAGAGAAAAAAGAUGGCGGAGAAUCGGAACAUGUUGAAGGAGAGGACUGUAGUGACGAUAAAGAAGAGGAGGAGGAGGCGGCAGGACAGCCCACAGAUAAAACGGAGAAAAAGCCUGACCAAGUUGAAGUCAAAAACCAGCCUGAGGUCCUGAACUUGAACAAUGAGGUGGUGAAUAUGAGAAAAGAGGUGAAGAGAGUGAGGGCACUGCUCAGCAGGAAGCUCAUUCGCCAGAUUACGGGGCUGAAGAAGAAGAAGGGGAAUGAGGCGGACAUUGAGAAGAAUCACAGAAGGGCCGCCAGACUACUGGAGGAGAUCCACGCAAUGAAAGUGCUCCGACCGGACCUUGUCACCAAGACAGCCUUGCAGAAGAAUCUCAACUUCAACGAGGUGUGCAAGAACCCAAAGUCGACCAUGUCCGACAGAGCCAUAGCUCGCAUCGCCUCCCACCCCCAGUUUAAGAAGAAGAUCGAGAACAUCCAGGCCGCUGUGAAGGCUUUCAGAGAUGAGAGGAGGAGGAAGGGAUGGAAGCAAGGAGAACAGAAGGUCAAAAAUGAAGCUGGAAAGGUAGCUCUGCACUCACCUGAUGUUAAGCCUGAAAAGGUUCAAGAAAUGGUGAAGGAAGAAAAUUAUUCUGAAGAAGUGAGGGAAAGUCCUAAUGAUGAUGACAGUGAGCCAAAAGAUCAAACUUCUUCUGAACCUGAUGAGGACAAAAUGGAAUCUACUCAAGCUGCCGAAAAGAAAGUAACAGUGGAGACUAAAAUUGUCAAACCAGCAUCAGUCAAAAAGAGUGAGCCUAAAGAACAGGUAAGACCAAAGAAACCGGAAGCGAAGACUCAGGAAAAUAAACCGAAAGUUGUGCCCGAGUCCACAAAAGAAGAAGAAGAAGAGAGCGAAUUGGAUCUCUCUGACGAGGAGGACAAACCGUACUUUGAUGACAGUACUGAGGAACGAUUCCACAAGCAGUCUUCUCAGGAGGAGAGUGAGAGCGAUAAUGACUUUUUUGUGGGCAAAGUGAGCAAAUUGAAGAAAAAGAAGAGUAAAAACACAGAAGACGGGGACAAGAGUAAAGAGGAUUCAGCAGGAAAAUUAAAGACUGCCGACAAGGUUCAGGGUGAACUCGACGAGCUUGAGUCACGGUUAAAGGCAAAAGAACCCAAACUUCAGACUGUCUUCUGCUCUUUGUCUCAAACAAAACCGAGUCGGGGCGGAAGAGGGAAGCCGUUUAGAGGUCAAGGGAAACCGAUGGGCAGGGGCUUCCUAGAUUCUGAUAAACGCACCAAGUUCCAAAAGGAAGAGAAGGGACCAACGGGGCACAAUAAGUACUACGGGCCUGAUGGAAAACGUUCGGAUUCCGAGAGAAGAAACUUUAGAGGGCGUGGCCGAGGCGAUGCUACAAGGCAGCAGGAUCGUCGCGGUCCAGGUGGCUUUUCCCAUCAGGCACCACAACAGGCCCUGCAUCCAUCAUGGGAGGCCAGCAAGAAAAGAAAAGAGCAGCAAGGACAAAUUAUGGCUUUCCAAGGGAAGAAGAUCAAGUUUGAUGAUGAUGACUGAUCUGUCUGCUUCUUUAUUUGUGAUCAAGUGAUUUGUAGGCCUUAUUGUAUGACUAAUUGUGAGUUGCUUCUGGAUCAUUUGUGAUUUUUGUUUCAAGGAAAGGACAAAAUUCUAAGUUUUAGGAUUGUGUUUUUGGCGGCACGGUGGCUGACUGGUUAGAGCAUCAGCCUCACAGUUCUGAGGACCCGGGUUCAAUCCCCGGCCCCACCUGUGUGGAGUUUGCAUGUUCUUCCCGGGCACUCCGGUUUCCUCCCACAUCCCAAAAACAUGCAUGAAUUGGAGACUCUAAAUUGCCCGUAGGUGUGAAUGUGAGUGCGAAUGGUUGUUUGUUUGUAUGUGCCCUGCGAUUGGCUGGCAACCAGUUCAGGGUGUACCCCGCCUCCUGCCCGAUGAUAGCUGGGAUAGGCUCCAGCAUGCCCGCGACCCUAGUGAGGAGAAGCGGGUCAGAAAAUGGAUGGAUGGAUGGAAGGAUUGUGUUUUCAAUUGCAGUGUAAUACAGCUUUAUCCAAAACGGUAUUGUAUAGAAGCAAAUGAUUUGGGAAGCUCAUAUUUUCAUUGUAUGAAGACUAGAAUUACACAAAACCAGUAUGCUUACAUUCACAACACAACACGAUCUUUUAAAUCAAUCCAAAGGCUAGUAAUAUGUAUUUUUUUCUGCAUUAUUUACAGAUACAUCCACUGUUCAGUACCAGGCUCCAGCUCACCCGUGACUCAGAUGGGACUAAGUGGUUAGAAAAUGGCUGGUUGAUCACAGGUUACUGGAAAAUACAUUUAAAUUAAUGAAGUGACGUGCAGGGAUAGGCCCAGUAGCCCGCAACCUUAGUGAGGAUAAGCAGUAAAGAAAAUGGAUGGAUGGAUUGACAUGCAGUGAUGGCAGUAACAUUUUAACUAUUACUUAAGGAUGUGUUGCUGUUUCCAGACCGCCGGUAAUCAGAUUAAAGUCAUUUACCCAAGUCACGUUGCGUUACUAUUUUUUACGUUUCCCUUCGUAAAAAGAUGCAGUACCGUAUUUGCUUUAUACCGUUUCAGGAGUGAUGUCACGCAGGCGCCAAGUCAUGUUUUCAGCAUGGGGACACCUCACCUGUAUGUACCAAGCAUCCCACUGGAGUUCUAGGCAGGACACGCCCCACUGCAUAUGAUUGGCUGCUGCACCGGCGCGAUUUUCCGGGCAAGUACUUUCUGGCCUGCAUGCAGUAGGCCAUGUCCGACCGGGAUGUAAGCAGCCAAUCACAUUGCAUUGGGCGGGCUCGUCCUGCAGCCAAUCAUCGCAGCGGGGUUCGUAAUGGAGGGAGUAGAGAGACUGGCGUUUUCAAGUUGGGAAUACAGACAUUAUUUUGAGUUCGUGUCAGCUAAAGAUGAAAAUUGCGGUUCGUUGUAUACUUUGUGCU